GGCUUAAGACCCUACAACGGACGCCCGCUCCAACAGGUACACCUCAGUGGCCUCGUCCGAUGGAAACGAGGACUGUUUCGGUUGGAGGCCCGGCUGUCAAGGGCCCAACAGGUUGUUUGGAUGGAGGGGAAUGCGGAGAUGCCUGUUUCGAGCGCGGAGAGCCGCAGCAGGUUUGGGCAUAUGUUGGACCUGGCUUCGGCCAGUAUGACAAGGUGGAGAGAUAUGCGCCAGUGGUUGGGGGUUCCUGGAAAAUCGAGCAGGUGGACAAUGGACGCGUCAAGUGGGGAUCCUGUUGUGGCUGGCUCUUCUGCCUCACCGCCAUGGCUGGAGUGGUCUUUCUGGUGGUGGCCUAUCGAGGCUUAUUGACCCAGCUGGUCUCCCAGGACGUCAAGGUGGUCUCAGAGACGGUGAAUCAGCCGCCACUCUUCAAUUGUAGUAGAGGCUCCUGGACCACCAGCUUGAAGGCCCAAAUCGACCAGGCCACCGAGGUCUACAGAAAUAGCCUGUACGAGCAGUCCGAUUCGAAUUUUGAUGGCAUCUUGAGUGCCGCCGAGUUGCAGUCCAGCAGUUCCAAGCUGCCCAGCUGCUUCGCACAGCAGCUCUUCCAAUGGGACCAGGACGGAAAUGGCCUCACCAUUCAUGAGUUGAAUGCGGGCUUGCAAGUCAAGGACAUGGUGGAUGCAGAAGCGGAGAAAACCUUUGCAAUGGCAGAUAGUGAUUGCGAUGGCUCUUUGAGCCUCAGCGAGUUGCAAAAGCUGCGCUCGGAGGCCUCGUUGCCCAGCUACACGACUCAGCUCUUGGGCUCGGCGGAUGUGGAUGCUGACGACAAAUUGAGCAAGCUGGAGUUUGUGGCUGCGAUGAGAAAGUCUGGUGUGGCGCCAUCGACUGGCGCAGGAACAGGGAUGGGAGAGGUAUGGAAUGAGACCAAGCGACAGUGGUGUUGCAGCUACCAAUCGAUCGGCUGUGAGACCUUCGUCACCGACAUCCACGAGAAUGCAGACUGCUCCUUCGGCGCUGUGGAGCUGUGGUCCGAGGCGAAGAGUCAGCACUGUUGCCAGAUGGAAGGACGUGGCUGUUUGAAGAGGUCGGCUGGCCUUUUCGACUGCCUUCAAGACGAUCCAGAGGCAUGGACCUUCAAGCAACGGGACUAUUGCUGCGCACAUUCUGGCCGCGGGUGCCACAGGACGCACGAGUCCUAUGAUUGCUUGGCAGGACUCGACACUUGGAAAGCCGGUUGGAGUCUCCACAAGAAGCUUUGGUGUUGUGACAACCAGAAACUGGGUUGCGCCACAGAGCAAUACAGCUGCCUGAAUUCUGUGGAAACCUGGACCGCCGAUCAACAAGUGUAUUGUUGCCAAGCACACAAGGUGGGCUGUCCUGAAGACAAAGUCGAAGUCAAGGAACCUGAGAAGACGGAGACUGCGACAGCCCCGGCACCUCCAAAAGCUGAACAGCCCUUGUUUGAUUGCCGAACGGGUUGGCCAGACCAUGUGCAUGCCUGGGGCGACUCGAAGAAGGAAUUUUGCUGCUCAAACUAUAAGCGUGGCUGCAAGGAUUCCAAGGAGGAGCCGGAGGAGCCGGCUGCUCCAUUACAUCCAGCUCCUCAUGUGGUGAUCCAAACCAAUCUCUUCAACUGUCAGGAUGAUCUGGUGAAUUGGCACAGCUGGGCAGCUCACAAGAAGUCCUGGUGUUGCCAGCACCAGGACAUCGCUUGUGCCGAGCACGGCCAAUACGAUUGCGAUGCUGGUCAAGAAAAGAGCUGGAAAUCAGAAAAGAAGGACUACUGCUGUUUGUACCAGAAGAAGGGCUGCGAAUUUGAUGAGGAUGAUGCGGAGGUUGAAGAAGGAGAUACUUCCGAAAGCUAUGAUUCAGUUGCAGCAUCUCAUUUGCACAUCCCUGCUGCACAUGUGGCAACCGUGAGCCACACCUUCCCCACCUUCAAUUCCAUCAGCAGUGGACACGUGGCAAGCGUGAGCAACAUCAUCCCACCUGGUGCUAUCACAAGUGGUGAGGUGCCAAGCAGCAAUAUCAUCCCCAGUGGCUUCACCAGUGGUGGACAUAUUACAACUGUCAGCAACAGCAUCCCUACCGCAGAUGCCUUCAGCGGCGGACAUGUAACAACUGUGAGCCACAGUAUCCCAACCGCAGACACCAUCAGCAGUGGACAUGUUACAAGUGUGAGCCACAGCAUCCCUGCCGCAGAUGCCUUCAGCGGCGGACAUGUAACAACUGUGAGCCACGGUAUCCCAACCGCAGACACCAUCAGCAGUGGACAUGUAACAACUGUGAGCCACAGCAUCCCUACCGCAGAUGCCUUCAGCGGCGGACAUGUAACAACUGUGAGCCACAGCAUCCCAACCGCUGACGCCAUCAGCAGUGGACAUGUAACAACUGUGAGCCACAGUGGUGCACAUGUAACAACUGUGAGCCACAGUAUCCCUACCGCAGACACCAUCAGCGGUGGACAUGUAACAACUGUGAGCCACAGCAUCCCUGCAAGCAGUGUGACAAUUCACAGUGUCGGCACCAAGGUCCAUUCGGUGACCAGCCACAUUCCAGACCAUGUCGUUCACUCAUCGAUGGAGGUCCACUAAUCUGGAUGUCCAUGUAGGUCGAUUGCAGUUCUUCAGCCUGGGAACUAAGCUGGGGAGCGGUCGGGCAUGAUUUCCGGGAAGGGUUUGAGCAGCAGACCGUGGGCCACUGUGCCGCUGAGCAAUUGAGAAUCUGACGAUUAUACAAAUUUUCUUAAUAGCGGGGACUGAAGGACCGGAUAAGAAAGAAACCUCAGAAGAGAAGCCAGCUUGCCCAAGAAGAAGUGAAGCUUGUCGAACUUUGAGCAAAAGAAAGGUUGCCAGUCCAUUUUGCCAGAGUGAGGUGUGUGAGGACGGGUGAGUGAGUUGAAGCUUGAUGUGUGUUUGGCCUGAGAAUAGAACAUAUGCUUCCCCCCGGUAUUCUGUCCCAGUUGUGUUGCCCUUUCGCACUGUUUUUGUUCAAUACUCAGUUUAUUAGAGUUCAUAAAAGUGAAGGGUGUGUGAUUGGGGUGUACAAAAUCA